UUUAUCAUUACGUAUAUUCCUUGUGUAAGAUGUUCUUGGUAUUAAUUAUUUAAAAAAUAUUUUGCCAACCAAUGCAAUACCAGGGUAAUCUUCCUUUCUGUCGAAUCUGCGGAAGCAAAUUUUGUUUCUAGAAAUAUCUCGCAUAGACAUGUGUGGAGUGACACAAACAUAUAAGUUUAUUAAGAACACGUUUCCAACAUGGCUGCGCCCGCAAACAGCAGAGAUGCUGCAGGUCAUUCAGCAAGUGUUUCAACAGCGGAAAAUGUUCCACUACAGUAUAGUCUUCUUUUGGAUCACCUUAUCGGUGAAAAAAGGCAAAUUAAAGACUUGAAUCCGACUGUUAUGGGUGCAUUACCGAGUCCUCAGAAAACGGAGGAGCAGAAGAUGAUCGAGAGGGGAAUGGAGAGCUGCGCCUUUAAAUCACUGAUCGCAUGUGUCGGAGGGUUUGUGUUAGGAGGUGCUUUUGGUAUCUUCACAGCCGGUAUUGACUCCAAUGUAGGGCUUGAUCCUAAAGACCCUCUUAGAACCCCCACAGCGAGAGAAGUUCUGAGAGACAUGGGACAGCGAGGAAUGUCAUAUGCUAAAAACUUUGCCAUUGUGGGUGCCAUGUUUUCAUGCACAGAGUGUCUAAUAGAAUCACAUCGUGGGAAGUCCGACUGGAAAAAUGCAGUAUAUAGUGGCUGUGUUACAGGUGGUGCCAUUGGACUAAGAGCUGGUCUCAAGGCUGGAGUUCUGGGCUGUGGUGGUUUUGCAGCUUUUUCUGCUGCCAUCGAGUAUUACCUCCGAUGAACAUCAGCUUCAGGACUGUUACCAUGUACUGUUGUGAGUUCUUCACAGUAUAAUGGACACAUCAUCAUGGGGGACAUUUGAGUGUGAUCUUCCACUCUCUUGCUGAAAAAGAAGUGUUCCAAUCCCACCAGAAGAAAUGAAUAAAUAAGAUGCCAAACUCAGAACUGGCACAUUAUUUUUUUGCGGGAUGUCUGGGCCCUUUUGUCUUAAAGCAUCCUCAAAAUGUCAGCCCAUUGGUUUUAUGUAUGAUCAACACACCAUGUGAUGGCACUUCUCCUUUGGUUACCUCCCAGGCCAAAACUUUAAUAUUUUGACAUAAAUAUAAUUUAAAUGAA